ACAUUUCUUUGUCCGAAGAAAAAAAUACCAUUCAUUCAAACUUAGUGACUGUCCCUGAUAGUAUCAAACCUGUUGCAGCUGCCCUUUUCACGUCCAUCCCCUAUAGGAGGAACACCAGCACUCUUUCCUUCAAUCCAUUUUUAAAAAGUUUCCAACUGCUAAAAUCUUAAUGUCGAACUAUCCAUGUCCGUCACUACCUUCUCCAUCACCACUUCCUGCACUGCCUAUGAACUUAGUAACAACAACAGGGUCGACGAUCAAUCUUCCGUUGAUCGAACAAAAAUGUGAUUUAGUCAAUAGCAUUAAUAGUAAUAACGAUAACAAUAACAAUAGUGCAGGUUUGAUCCAACAUCAACCACUUACCUUCAAUACGUCAGGUGAGUGUAUCUGGGCUACCCAAUACCCAGAGAUCCAAAAAGCAUGCUACCUGCGAAGAGUGUGUCAGUUUGCCCCACCAAAAGAAUUGCGCGUACAAAACGUUACAUCCAUCCUGCAGAUGGGACCAACCUGUGGUCUCACAGCACUCAGCAUGGUCUUCGAGGGAUCGCCAUCGACCACAAACUUCCUCGAUAUGGCCAUUGAUAAGGGGUACUCGAAGAAAGGCGAAAUGUUUAGCGCAAAACAUUUGAACGAACUGCUUUCAAUUGGAUUAGCAGACAAUCGCCAUUUAGUAGAAUUCGGACCAGUUAAGCACUCUCUGAUAGCAGGUAAUCUGGACGAUCCUAGUAUCAAAAUGCAACUGCGGCUUGGGUCUAUAUUUUUAGUGCCAUAUGAUCCAGAUCGAAAUCACACACCCUGUCUCGAUAGGGGACACAAAGCUCAUUGGGCUCUAAUCGUUGGCUACCUUAUCGAUCAAUUUGACGAUUAUUACGUUUUUGCUCGUCACGGGAAAACGAAAAACCUCGCACUAUGGUCACUUCGUGAUCUAGCGCGCAGCAAUGCCAAUCUAGUCGAGUUCUGCCAACCUGCCGGUCAUCCUGACCAGGUAUUCAUUCUACCCGAUGGUGGUAUCGGUGGACGCAAUGGAUUACGAUGUAAAUUCAUCAUGAUCGAACACUACAAAGCCAAGGAUGAAGUUAAACUGUAGUGGUGUGACUAGGACAAACAGGGCAAAACUGUACAUAUUUUAUCUUAAUUGGAAGGGCAGUUUAGAACCACGUUAGUCGUUCUAUUCAAAUAAAACUUGUCUUGUUUCAUCAUAGAAUCAUUUCUGAUCAAGGAAAAUAACUAUCGAAUUAAAGUGCCUCUAGCACUAUAAUCAAUAUUUCUUUGUGUAUCCUUUGAUAUCAGCAUUACUUAUUACGAUAUUUAUACAUAUCAGCAACAGUGAAACUAUAAUAUUUACAACAACGCUUCUGGCUUGAAUAAAUUAUUGUUUCAGGUUUUUAAAGAUGAUUCAAAGCAGUAUUGAGAAGUUUGUCAAAUCUAAUUGAAAAUGCUCUGUAUUUCAUACUCGCACCUCAUUUAAGUUUAAUAAUCGACAGUUAUAUUUACAAUAAAGUAUCAAUGAUUUUAUUCCAA